CACGAUUGGGAAGCGGUGCCUGAUUAUAUAGAGGCAGCGGUCGCAUCAUUCACUAUCACAUCUACUAGACAAGAAUACUGACAAAAUCUCAACUAGCGACAAGCGGAAAUUCUUGACUACAUUCCAAGUUUACACUCACUUAAAAGACUAAGCUUUAUUCGUUUUUUCAAGGGGCGCAACAAGACGAUACCCAAAAUGAAGUUCGUGUGGCUCUUACUGGCUCUGGCCAGCACCGUCUAUACUGACGAUGAUGACAAGAAGGACAGUGUGGGAACCGUCAUCGGAAUCGACCUGGGCACGACCUACUCGUGUGUCGGCGUCUUCAAAAAUGGACGUGUUGAGAUCAUCGCCAAUGACCAGGGCAACCGCAUCACUCCAUCCUAUGUGGCAUUCACCAGUGAGGGUGAGCGUCUGAUCGGGGAUGCCGCAAAGAACCAGCUGACCUCCAAUCCAGAGAACACGGUGUUUGACGCCAAGAGGUUGAUUGGUCGUAUAUGGGGUGACUCCUCUGUGCAGCAAGACAUCAAGUACCUGCCCUUUAAGGUGCUUGACAAGAAGACCAAGCCUCACAUCCAGGUUGACAUCGGCGGUAAUCAUAUGAAGACGUUCGCCCCUGAGGAAAUCUCUGCUAUGGUUCUGACUAAGAUGAAGGAGACCGCUGAGGCUUAUUUGGGCAAGAAGGUCACUCACGCUGUGGUCACUGUUCCCGCCUACUUCAAUGAUGCCCAGCGCCAAGCUACUAAAGAUGCCGGAACCAUUGCCGGGCUCAAUGUGAUGAGAAUCAUCAAUGAGCCAACUGCUGCCGCCAUCGCUUACGGCCUGGACAAGAAGGACGGUGAGAAGAACAUCUUGGUGUUCGACCUGGGCGGCGGCACCUUCGACGUCUCGCUGCUGACCAUCGACAACGGAGUGUUCGAGGUGGUGGCCACCAAUGGCGACACCCACCUGGGAGGCGAGGACUUUGACCAGCGUGUCAUGGAGCACUUCAUCAAGCUGUACAAGAAGAAGACUGGCAAGGAUGUGCGCAAGGACAACCGUGCUGUGCAGAAGCUGCGCCGUGAGGUGGAAAAGGCCAAGCGGGCGCUGUCUGCUCAGCACCAGGCCCGCAUCGAGAUUGAGUCCUUCUUUGAGGGCGAGGACUUCUCUGAGACAUUGACCCGUGCCAAGUUUGAGGAACUCAACAUGGAUCUGUUCCGGUCCACCAUGAAGCCCGUGCAGAAGGUGUUGGAUGACUCUGAGCUGAAGAAGUCCGACAUUGACGAGAUUGUUCUGGUUGGCGGCUCCACGCGUAUCCCCAAAAUCCAGCAGCUGGUGAAAGAGUUCUUCAAUGGCAAGGAGCCCUCCAGAGGAAUUAACCCAGACGAGGCCGUCGCCUAUGGCGCCGCCGUACAGGCUGGCGUGCUCUCUGGCGAGGAGGACACCGGUGAUGUGGUUCUGCUGGAUGUGUGCCCUCUUACUCUUGGUAUUGAGACUGUGGGAGGAGUCAUGACCAAGCUCAUUCCCAGGAACACUGUGGUGCCCACCAAGAAGUCUCAGAUCUUCUCCACGGCCGCUGACAACCAGCCUACUGUCACCAUCAAGGUCUAUGAAGGUGAGCGUCCCCUGACUAAGGACAACCACCUGCUGGGCACCUUUGACCUGACGGGCAUCCCACCCGCCCCACGCGGAGUUCCGCAAAUCGAGGUCACCUUCGAGAUCGACGUCAACGGCAUCCUCCGAGUCACAGCCGAGGACAAAGGCACGGGCAACAAGAAUAAGAUCACCAUCACCAACGACCAGAAUCGACUGACGCCCGAAGACAUCGAGCGCAUGGUGAACGACGCAGAGCGCUUUGCCGACGAGGACAAAAAGCUGAAGGAGCGCAUCGACGCCCGCAACGAGCUGGAGAGCUACGCUUAUUCGUUGAAGAACCAGAUCGGCGACAAGGAAAAGCUCGGCGGCAAGCUGUCAGAUGAAGAUAAGGAGGUCAUCGAGAAGGCCGUAGAGGAGAAGAUUGAGUGGAUGGAGUCCCAUCAGGAGGCCGAUCUGGAAGAAUUCCAGGCCAAGAAGAAGGAGCUGGAGGAGGUGGUGCAACCUAUCAUCAGUAAGCUUUAUGGCAGUGCGGGUGGCCCACCACCAGAGGGCGGUGAAGAGAAGGAUGAGUUGUAAGCAGGUUUAAAUGAUGAUCUCGUCACUCGCUUUAAAA